AUGGUACAGGCUUGCUUGUUGUGCUCCAGAGUUCAUAACGCCAGCCUGACAGCCCGGGCAGCCAGGGCAGACAUGAACAAGACAGACAAGCCCAGUCCCUCUGCCAAGAAGCACGUGCGUCUUCAGGAGAGGGGAGAGAGGGGCUCCAAUGUGUCGCUGAUGUUGGACAUGAGCUCGCUGGGGAGCGUGGAGCCCAUCCAGCCUGUCUGUACGCCUCGGGACAUCACACUGAAGUUCCUGAGGACAUCCAGCCACGUGCUGAGGAGGGAGGAGCUCCAGCAGCGUGCCCAGAGCCUGACGCAGCUCCAGGAGGAGUUUUCGAAAAUCCCACCCAACUUUGUCAGUCCGGAGGAGCUGGAGAUCCCUGGACGUGCCUCCAAGGACAGAUACAAAACCAUCCUCCCCAAUCCUGAGAGCCGGGUCUGUCUCAGGAGGGUGGCAAGCCUGAAGGAAGACAGCUACAUAAAUGCCAACUACAUCACGGGCUACACUGGGAGGCCCCGGGAGUAUAUUGCCACCCAGGGACCCAUGCUGAACACCGUGACUGACUUCUGGGAGAUGGUGUGGCAGGAGGAGGUGCCCCUCAUCGUCAUGAUAACCAAGCUCCAGGAGCACAAAGAGAAAUGUGUCCACUACUGGCCUGAGAAGAAGGGCACCUACGGCCCCUUCACCAUCUGCGUGCAGGGGGUGAGCGAGUACGUGGAGUACAUAGUCCAGGAUCUCUCCAUCCAGCUUGAAGGUGAAUGCCGCCAGGUCAAACACAUCCUCUUCCCUUCCUGGCCGGACCAGCAGACGCCUGAGUCAGCCAAGCCCCUGCUGCACUUGGUGUCCAAGGUGGAUGAGACUCUGCAGGCUGCAGCCAGCCCCGGGCCCAUCGUUGUACACUGCAGCGCAGGCAUCGGCCGGACAGGCUGCUUUAUCGCUACCAGGAUCGGAUGCCAACAGCUGAAGGAGAAGGGGGAGGUGGAUAUCCUGGGAAUCGUGUGCCGCCUCCGCAUAGACAGAGGUGGGAUGAUCCAGACGAGCGAGCAGUACCAGUUCCUCCAUCACACACUAGCUCUCUACGCUUCCCAGCUGCCGGAGGCGGGAGGCCACUAGCACAGGGCUCCCACCAGGCUGCUGGCACCCCGCUC